AUGCGGUCUCCAGGGACACACGCGUCCUUCAGCCUCAGCGCCAACGGCCCCGAGGUGUGGAGAGGACCGCGGCGGGGAGUCCGUGGGUCCUGGCCGCCCCCCGUCACCCCCGUCACCCUGGCCGCCCCCCGUCACCCUGGCCGCCCCCCGUCAUCCCCGUCACCCUGGCCGCCCGCCGCACCUGUGUGGUCGACCCUCAUGCGUCCUCUCUGGGCCCGGGUCGAGGUGCCACGCGUAAUGGAUCGUCACAUUUAG